AUGUCACAAGAAGCAGCUCAAGGCAAAUCAGCCAACAGCACGUAUCAUACGGUCGUCAUCGAUUCAAAACUUGAGCCAAUUGAAAUUCAAGGUGCAUUCAAUGAAAUUCCAACUGGACAGAUUGAACAGUACUGGUUGAAGAAAGUGCCGGAAGUUUUAGAAGGAAGUAACGGAGUCUACAAACCGUUGUUUACAACUGCAAAUGGACCAACAACAAAGAUCAUAGCUGAUAAAAAUCCAAUUGUUGAAACCUUCGUCCUUGCCUACAACAACCAUCAAGAUUUGAUUCUCUCACCAGACGAUAUGUGGCUGCUCGUCUGCUUGAAAUUUGCAAAAUAUGUCAACAACAAUGCUGAAGCAAUGCGACCAUAUUUCGUAUCACAUACUGAAGGCAAAAUUGAAUUGAAAGUGGUAGAAGUGGAUACUCCAAUGGAAGAAUUUUGGAAACUAUUUUUUAUUGAUAUGCAACAGGAAAUUAAUAAAAAUGUCAAAGGAGAAAUUUGCGAGUUGUUAACAGCAAAUUUUACAUCAACAGGCAAAGUUGAAGCACUUCUCUCAGCUGGCUGUCUCAUGCAUACAUUUCAGCCGUAUUUCGAUUAUACAGGCUAUUCAUGCAUUAGUUGUGGUAUUCGACAAGUUCACUUUUUAGCCUCUGCACGCAGCGCUCCCGCACAGUUCAACAAUUAUCUCGACGGUCUACUGCCAAUCUUCGACCAGUUCAUCGAAACAUAUGAAGGUCGAGUCGAUCAAAGUUUCUGGAUCAAAGUUUGUGAUACAAAACGAGAAAGAUUCAGAGAUGGAUAUAUGUUUGGCGAACGUGAACGUCUAACUGGCUGGGUUCUGAAGUUAGUUGACAACAAUGAAAAAGAACUUGACAAUAUUCGUGUACCGGUGAAAUUUGUGAAUGAAGAAGAGGGGACAACAAAACAGUGUUACAUCGUUGGUGGAUUUCACGGAAUGUGUUCAACCAAAGAUUACAAACAUCGUCCGGUCAUGAGUUUGUCGGUGGUUGAAGAAGUUAAGAAGGAAACGAAGGAGUCUCGAAUGCGGACAGGUUGGUGGUAAACUGGCUCAGAAGUCUACUGCAUUAGAAAGAAGAAAAGAAGAUAAAUAACGUCGUCAUCCGUUCCAGCAGUUUUUAUGCCAUCUGGUUUUACUUGUCUGCUGAUUUUUCGUUUUUUUGUUAUCGGUUAUGUUUAGUUAAAAAAAGAAAAUAUAUGAUGAAGAAAAAUUAGAAUUCUUGUAGGUUAGAAAAGAACUGUGGAAACGCCUGAACUUGUCAGAAUGGAAAAUGGCCGUUAAGCCGAUGACUUCUGAGAUGGGCAGUGAUUUUUAUUAUUGCUCGCUAAACAAUAAUGAAAGUAGUGCCUUAGAUAUAGGUUCCUGACGGAGAGUAGAGAAAAUUAGAGAAAAUAAAUAAAGACUUGAGGUGGAAAAAAGUUAGACGCUUUUCGGGUCUUGAGUUUCGAACCUCGUAUCCCUGUUUCGACUUUUUCCUCAUAAAAAUUGCAUUUCUGAAAACUGAAAGUUGACACGAGAGACCUGUCCAGUCUGCCUCCACAGAAUCGUUAUAUGCAAGGGAGUAAAAAGCGAAAUCCGCUGUACACCUGCGCCGCGAGCAUACAAUAACCCUAAAAGUCUCUUUUCAGUUAUCUCUUGCAGGAAAUUUCGCUGGUGUAGUAAAAUUAAAGUGGUUUUUUUAGAUACCCUGAAAAACUCCAAAAAACUGAGUGACAAAUGUAAAUCUAGAAAAAACAUCCCAUCUACGUCAAAGUGCCUUUCCAUCCUCAAUGCACAGAGCUUAGUGUGCACUCUUACGCUGAACUAUAAAUUGAUCAAGACUAGAGCCAAGACUGAAAUGCACCUCUUGAUCUUCUGUUUCAAACAGUGGUUUUUAAAUCUUCUCAUGUAAUCACCCAAUAUUUCUUUGGAUGCCGUUAAUGCCCUGCAUUAACUGAACUCGAGUCUUUUCAAAUUUGUAUAGCUCACCAAAUUUUCCAUUGACGAAUAUCUUCAUAUAUUUCCAAAAUAUCAGAGAGUAACUUACUUUUCGUUUUUUUCCCCGGAUAAAAAGUAUACCAAAGUACUUUUAGGGCAAAGUAAUCACGAAAAACAAGUAGUUUAAACUACUUUUUACGAAAAGAAAAUAUUUUCAUCUGCUUUUAUUCCAAAUAAAGAUUUUUUCUUCGAAAAAAAAGUACUUUAAUGUACUUUUGGAAAAAAAGUUACGGAAAAAAGUGCAUUAAACUACUUUUGGGGCAAAAAUUUUCCUGAAUGAAACGUAGUUUAAACUACUUUGGGGCACAUUUCCACCGUAUUAUAAUAAAAUUUCCUACAAUAAAAUUUUUUUCACUGAGUAGCGAUUUCAUGUUAUCUAAACAAGUUAUGACAGGCAUUUUUACCACCGAAAACCACUAUUUGGACGCCCGAUCGUUAGGAUCAAGCCGAAUGAAAAACUCGUCCAUUCCACUCCACAAAAACACUAUUUAGGAGAAAAUCGGAAUCGAAAAAAUUUCUAUCUUGAGGAUAGAUUUUCUGAAACGCAUGCGCGCGCUCCACUCAGAAGAGCUCAGAAAAUCUGUGUUAAAAUAUGGUUUUUAAAAAUCUUAGCACUUCAGUCAGCAUCCUUUGAAAGGAUCUUUUUGAAUUAGUAAUGUUUUUAGCCAACUAUAUCGUAGCUUAAAUCAAUUGGGAAUGAUCCAAAACUAUUUAUGCAAGUUUUUUGCCCUUUGAAAAGUAGCGCUAGCAACCAGGUUUUCCUAGCGAAAAAGUUGCCGAACAAAUAAUUACAUAGCUGAUUAGGAAACCAAGUCAACGAACUUUUUUCAGAGCAAGAGAUUUCUCCUUUUGUUAAAAACCAGUAUCACAAAACUAUGCAUUUUUUAUGUUCUCCGACAGGUUUAAAACAUAUUGGCUAGUUUCAAAAGUGUUGAAACCCAAAUCUCACAGACAUUCCUCUCCAACUUUUCAUCAGUUAGGUUAAAGUCUCUUAUCAAAAGCAAACCUAUGAAAAAAUAGAGAGCGAUACUUUUUUUGAAAAUCAUUUUUCACAGUUUACUCUCGCAGACUAGCUGGAUAUCUAACCGGACUUGUAACAUUUGGGUCAAUGUAAUCCUUCAAGCAAGCCUUAUUUUUCUUUAUCAUCUGUGAUUUAUAUAAAACUGAUACAAUAUUAAGUUGUAAAGCAAAAACUUUGUAAAAUGUACAAAAAAACUAAAUCAAAAUCCAAAAUGUUGACUUUAUAGUAUGGUGUUUGUGACAAAACCACGAGGUUUCUGCAUUUGUAAUUGAAUCAAAAAUAACCUGUCCAUUUCAUUUUGAACUCUAUUCCAAGAGUUGUUCGAACGCAUCUUGGACACUAAACAAACGAAUUUUGAGACACUGGUCUUCGUUUUGUUAUUGAGCAAAAAUACAAGACAGUUCAAGUGAAAAUCUGGAAAAUGGCUUAUGAAACUCGAAUAUUUGUGAAUGAUCCAGAGAACAAGCGUAAAUCUCCUGUUGGAAAGACCGAGUGCAAUGUAAAGUACUUCGUAAAUUCUAGAAUGACAAAAAAAUUAAGAGUUAAGCAAGUAAUGUAUGCGGCAAAAAAAUAUCGUGUCUUUGAUCUGACAUGUAACUUCUUUCCAAAAAUAGCACAGUCAUUUAGCUCAACAAGAAAUCCUGCAAAUCUUCGUCUCAGCAUCUGACAAGUGUUAUUCAAUUGUCGUCGGUGUUGGCGUAUGGUUUACAAAUUUAUACAGACUGUUUGAAUGUCUGUAAAAGAUUAUGAAACGUUAAAUACUCAUAACAAAACAGAAUCAUUCGGCGUUCUUAAUUUCACCGUAUCCUACUAAGCUCGAUCAGAAGUAAAACUUACCUAAAAAAAAUAUUAAACGACUUUCUGGUGAUCUUUAUCUUUCUACCAGGCUUUCAGUGAGCAAGGUCGCUAAUCUGUUAGAUUAACUGUUUUGAAAUUUUGAACAAGCUGUUGUUUCUCAAUCUAAGAAAAAAGUAAGCUAAGCCAGCACUUUUUAAUAAUUCGUAGCUUGCUCAAGUGCUGCAAAAAACAGCAUAUUUAUAUCCUUCUCACCAAACACGGAAAUAAGAAGUGCUCCGGCUGUUUAAAAAAUUAACGUCUAAUAGAAGAUUUAACAGGCGGAAGCUCUAAUUAGACGUGGAAAUUGUAUGUUUCUUGUGUACAGUGAAUGAUAGUCUGUAGCUAACUCAUGAAUACAGUCACUUAGACGGAGUUAAACAAAAGAAAUUCUGGAAGACCGGUCUAAUAUUCUCUACCAGAUAUCUGUAAUUGCAAACCACGAAAAAUAUGGUUUAAGCAAACGGGAAAGGAGGUGUCAGAUAUUCCAGGUACUUGUGACAAAGUUCGAUCUGACUGAGUAACGGGCCCAUAGUGAGUAAACCAGAGACUUCGAAUAUUUUCUCUGGAAAGGGAAGUUUAUUAGCCAAGAGACACGGAGUACAUAUUAUUUCGUACUCUGUUUGCCGAGAAAAUCUUGUCCAGCUAGUCGUUUAAUAUUUUUUUUAGGUAAGUUUUACUUCUGAUCGAGCUUAGUAGGAUACGGU